CUAACCAAGGCCCGCCCCGUGCCCGCAGCUCACCUUCCCCGGCGUGAAGAUCGAGGCCGUGGACGUGGACAAGCUGGUGACGUACGUGGACGACUUCGUGUUCGACCUCAACUCCGCCGUGGAGGUGCCCAACGUGGAGGUGGCCAAGAAGCUGGACAUCCGCGUGCGCCAGCCGCGCCUCAACCACAAGCCCUUCAGCGUGCGCGUGUCCGUGGACAGCGACAAGGCCGCUCGCGUGGCCGUGCGCUUCUACCUGGGCCCCAAGUACAACUACCUGGGCCGCCCGCUCUCCGUCGAGGAGCGCCGCCAGUACCUCGUCGAGAUCGACCGCUUCCCCUUCGACCUGCCCGCCGGCAAGACGGUGAUCGAGCGCAGCUCCCGCGACUCCAGCGCCGUGGUGCCCGACCAGACCAUCACCCGGGUGCUGCUCAAGAAGGUGGAGGACGCCAUCGAGGGCCGCGAGCCCUACUACGUGGACUCUGCCCACCGCCACUGCGGCUUCCCCGAGCGCCUGCUGCUGCCCAAGGGCUCUCGCCAGGGCCUGCCCUUGGCUCUGUACGUCGUCAUCACGCCCUACGGCGGAGACUCCCUCAACACCCACACCGGCUACAUCGCGUGCGGCGCCGGCUUCGGCUACCAGGUGGUGGACAACAAGCCCUACGGCUACCCCUUCGACCGCGUCAUCAAGAGCGAGGCGGACUUCUUCGUGCCCAACAUCUUCUACAAGGACGUCACCGUCUUCCACAAGAAGCAGGAGGAGAUCAACAAGGCGUGAGCCCCUUCGCCAACAACGCUCGCUGAACGAGCCCUCGUCCUCAUGGUUCAGCUCCCACCUACGACGAACCGGCUCGCCUCUGGUCAUCUGAGUACACUGAGCAACUCCAACAAUCGACUGAUAUACUCGUGCAAUAAAGACUGAACUAUUAUAUCAUUUCAAGGCUAUCAUUUCUUUACGCCCUGCUUUCACC